AGAAGAAAAGCAACUCAGCAGGACUGCUAAGAGCCCAGCUCAACAAUGGCCAUGGCCCUGAGAGCGCUGAAGACGGCAUGCACCUGGGGCAGGCUCUGCCUUCUUCUCUCCCUCUUCCUUCAGCUGCCAGGCUCCCAGGCCAAAUGCUACUUCCAGGCUAAAGCUCCCUGCGAGUACGAGGGGAAGCAGUUCUCCCUUGGGGAGUCGUGGCUGAGCACCAACUGCCUGCUGUGCACCUGCCUGCACCCCAUUGGCGUCGGAUGCUGUGAGACCACCCAGCACCCCAUUGACUUCCCCGACUGGUGCGAGGCCCACUAUGACACGCAGACCUGCCAGAUCUCGGUGGUACAGAAAGCCAACCCCAGCCUGCCAUGUGUGAAGAGCGUGGAGCACGAGUGGGGCUCAGCCGGCACCCCUGAGCCACUGAACAAGGUGCUGGAUGCGGGGCUUAGCAGAUAGAGUGCACGGCCUUGCUGUCAGCCCCACUCCCCCAGAGCACACCUCCUGCAUGCUCCACACCUGCCCCAGCCUGUAGACAUCACUGCAGCCACCUUCCAGGGAAACCACUAUCCAUGUACUGAGCUAACAUUUACACCCUAGUGCUGCCACAGUACAGCUCUGCUUUUGCCUUCAGCUUCCUGAACUCAGCUGGGGCCCCUUCCCCAGCAAGGCACUGCUCUCAAGAUGAGCGGUGAGGUGGGCCAGGCACACAAGCCCCCAGCAGGACCAGCAGGCCCCGAGCUGUGAUUUUUGGGGGGAAUGCAGAUCCCCAGGGAUGUCCACCGAGCUGCACAGGGAAUUUUCAGCUCCAGAAGGACCACAGGACCAAAUUACACCACAUCCAGCUGCAAGUUAAGCAGCUCCCACCAAAACCCCAGUUCCCUUGCCUGCAGCCUCUGGCAUCUCAGUGGGAAGCAUAGCAGUCCUGAAGCAUGACAUGCUUUGGCCAGUCCCUUCUCUGCCCGAGUGCAAGAAGCGUAACCUGCUUCUUGAACCACUAAUGUCCAUGCUCCCACAGCUCCUGUGACCAGAACUCUGUGUGCUAG